AUGCUGCCUAAAGGCUGGCAAGGCAGCGCUUCACUCUUCUGCAUCUUCUGCACCCUUGUAUUUGCCGUCAACCUAGGCGUUCUGAUCUGGGCGGUCCAGCACAGUCGUCAGAAUGGCAACGCUGAUGAUGAUGACGGCGCAAUCAUUCUACGUGAAGGCAGUGAUGAUAGCGCAUGCACCGAGAUCCAGACAUUGAAUAGAUGGGCACAUUUGGUCAUCAACUUGCUCAGUACUGUGCUGUUGAGUGGCAGCAAUUACUGUAUGCAGUGUCUUUCGGCCCCUACAAGAUCCGACAUUGAUCGGUCGCACGCUCGAGCGAGAUGGCUGGAUAUCGGUGUCCCAAGCAUUCACAACUUGCAGCAUAUCCCACGAAAAAGGCUGAUACUAUGGCUGAUAUUGGGAAUAUCCUCUCUUCCAUUGCAUCUUUUGUACAAUUCUGCUCUUUUCACGUCGACAUCGUCAAACAACUAUGUCGCCUUCGGAGUCGAUUCCGAAUUUCCAACCAUCCAAAACACUUCGAGCUCCAAUUAUGCAGACAUCAGCUAUCUGCUCCGCAGUGGUAUCGUGACCAGCAGAUUGGAUGUUCCCAUCAAUGACAUGGCGAAACUCGCAGAUCGUCUGCGCCAAGAUGCAAAUGAAGGACGGCUAGUCAACCUGACUAAAGACGAGUGCAUCAGAGCAUACACCCGAACUUUCCAGUCUACUUAUCGUAAUGUCCUUCUCGUCUCAGACCCAGACGUGAAUCGAAAUAUAACCGAUCCUUACCUUUACUACAGCGGCCUUACCAUCGACAACAAUGCGACCGAUUUGGUGACCUACGUACUCGCUAGAUUCUACUCCGACUAUACUUGUGGACAAUCCCAAGCCUUUUCGUGGACUUGUGGUAUGAAUGGUACCGUGCAAACAGGAUACCUGGACCAGUGCGAUAGAUCGUGUGACGAACCACAGAUCCUGCGGCAAACCGAAGCCAAUUCGACGUGGGCGCCUUUGGGGCCGAAAGUCCAUUACUGCCUCGCCGAGGCGACCCAGGAGAAGUGUAAGCUGCAGUUCAGUGCCGAUAUAGCAAUCGCUGUGGUGGUGCUCAACUUUGUCAAGUUGACCAUGAUGUUGCUGACGGUCUUUGUCGCUUUCGACACCCGAAACGACCCACCUCUUCUCACGGCCGGCGACGCUGUGGCGAGCUUUCUGGAAAAGCCUGACCAUUCCGCCAAGGCGGUCGGUCUGGUAUCCGGAUCCGAGAUUAGAAGUACCCAUUCUGAUUCAUCUGAGUACACAAAAAUCCGCCAACCUACCAGAUACGACGCCCGACGCCGUCGGUGGGCAAAAGCUGUCAGUACCCGACGCUGGCUGGUUUGUCUGCUGCUGUACAUCGCUGGCCUGGCCACGGCAGCGGGAUAUCCCGGCACAGGACUGAACUCGAUGCUGGGGUCCAAGUCCCUGUCUUCAUUGUGGGCCGUCGGGUUUGGUACCGUCAGCGGUCGGACACUCGUGCAGAAUUCAGCCGUAGCUUCUGGAAAGGCUGGAGGUGCGACAGCACUAAUCCGCAACGCGCUCACGGCAAACAUUGCGCAGCUGAUUCUCUCGCUGCUGUAUUUCACCUACAACGGGCUGUUCACGUGCAUGCUGCUGGCCAGCGAGUGGGACUCGUACGCAGUCGAGCGCAAAGGACUGAGGAUAUCUUCGUCGCAACCACGGGGCGCUCAACGAUCCGGGUAUUUCCUGCAGCUCCCGUACCGUUUCAGCUUGCCGCUGGUCAUCUUCAGUCUUCUGUUCCAUUGGCUUGUUUCGCAAAGCAUCUUCGUUGUCAAUAUCACAAUGAUUGAUUAUACCGGACAAUCAUUCCCGGGCGGUUCUAAUAACAUCGGUCACCUUCUAACCUUGGGCUAUUCGCCCAUCGCGAUUAUCUUCUCCAUUGCUUUGGGCGGCUGUCUCAUACUCGGCCUCAUAAGCUUUGGGUUGAUGCCGUUCGAGACGGGCAUGCCUAUUGCGGGCAGUUGUAGCAUCUCCAUCUCGGCCGCUUGCCAUGCAGACAGUAGCUGCGUGAAGGGUGAUUCGGAAAGCAUUGCCCAGAAGAAGUUGAAAUGGGGCGAAAUCCCGGGAUACUGGACUAGUCCUGGUGCAGCAGAGACGCGGGCGAUUUUGACUGAAGUCUUGACGUCAACUGCAAACAAGGAGCAAGCGACCUCUCUGGUUCUUGGUGAACUGGGAGAUUUGUCCGACAUGCCUCUUGCUGCCAGGUUACUUGCGGAACGCGGCGGUCGACAAAUUUCACGGGAUCUUGCGGCGUCCGAAGUUGCUUCACUUCUUUCCUCGACGAAUGCCCAAACAAGAACAAGCCUGGACGGAAAUGAACAUACAGCAAGAGAUACCUCAACACUACAGGAAGAAUCGCUUUUGGUGGGCCAUUGUGCAUUUUCUGCCGGGCCAGUGUCGAUGCCUACUGAGGGUCGCUUUUAUGCCUGA